GUCUCUACUAAAAAUACAAAAAAUUAGCCGGGCAUGGUGGCGGGCCCCUAUAGUCCCACCUACUCGGGAGGCUGAGGCAGGAGAAUGGCAUGAACCCAGGAGGCGGAGCUUGCAGUGAGCCGAGAUUGUGCCACUGCACUCCAGCCUGGGCGACAGGGCGAGACUCCGUCUCAAAAAAAAAAACAAAACAAAAAUUAGCCAGGUGUGGUGGCACGUGCCUGUAAUCCCAGCUACUUGGGGGGGCUGAAGCAGGGAGGAUUGCCUGAACCUGGAAAGCAGAGGUUGCAGUGAGCUGAGAUUGCACCACUGCACUCCAGCCUGGGUGACAGAGUGAGACUCUGUCUCAAAAAAAAAAAAAAAAAAAACCUGGGACAAAAGGAAGGUUAAGUUAGGGUUAGGUUGCCCAAGGUCAUGCAGUUGGAGCUGCAGUUUGAAGCCAGGCAGCCUAAUUUCAGAGCAUAGGCUCUUAACUCUUCUGUUAUAUACACGGGAAAUUGUAGGAUACUUACUUGUGGAGUCUGACUAAUCCAAGCAGAAAGACCUGUGGUACUGACAGGUUACUGAACAGUUAUGACUCCUGUGCACAAGCCCUACCUACCCACUCAGCCUGUCCUGUCAGCUGUUUUUGGAGAAACUUUAAAAUACAUCAUGAAUAUUGGUAGAGAAAUAGAGAUGAUAAUCUGUUGGGGAAAUGAAUAGAAUACCAUAAACAGGAAUAUUCAGAGGAUAGGGCUCUUGGAAAUUAAGAGUGUAAUGGCAGAAGUGAAAACUAGGCAGAUUGGAGGAUGAAGUUGAGGCUAUCUGGAAAUUAGAGCAUGAAGGCAGGAGGUGGAAAAUACAGAAAAAAUGAUUAGAUGCUUCAGCUCUAAAUAAUAGACAUUUUCAGGCCAGGCACGGUGGCUCAUGGGAGGCUGAGGUGGGUGGAUCACUUGAGGCCAGGAGUUCGAGACCAGCCUAGCUAACAUCGUGAAACCCCAUCUCUACUAAAAAUUCAAAAGUUAUCUGGGUGUGGUGGUGCAUGCCUGUAGUCCCAGCUACUUGGGAGGCUGAGGCAGGAGAAUUGCUUGAACCUGGGAGGUGGAGGUUGCAGUGAGCUGAGAUUGUGCCACUGCACUCCAGCCUGGGUGAGAGAGAGAGACUCUGUCUCAAAAAAAAAUAAUAAUAAUAAAUAAUAGACAUUUCCAAAGAACAGAGAAAAUGGGAGGCAGAAAAUCAUCAAUGAAAGAAUUCAAGGACAUUUUCUAGAACUGAAUGUUACGAGUUUCAAGACUGAAAGGGCCUGCCCCGUGCUCAGCAUGACGGAUGGAAACAAAGCUGCACUAGAGGACAGCAUUGUGAAAUUUCAGAACACUGCGGACAAAGAGAAGACCUUACAGGCUUCAAGGCAGGAAAAAAAUGACAUUCAAAAGCUCCAGAAUUAGAAUUGGCUUUGGAUUUCACGCUAUUAACAUUGGAAUCUAGAAGCAAUGCCUUUGAAGUUGUGGGAGAAGAUGAUUUUCAACAUAGUCUGGAGAUAAACUAUAUUGGGCAGUUUUGGAGAAGGUAGUGAAAGGACAAGGGAGGUGUCACAGUUUUCCAUUUAGAUCAACAACUUCAAGUUCUUACCAUGGAAAAUUCCGAGAAGACUGAAGUGGUUCUCCUUGCUUGUGGUUCCUUCAAUCCCAUCACCAACAUGCACCUCAGGUUGUUUGAGCUGGCCAAGGACUACAUGAAUGGAACAGGAAGAUACACAGUUGUCAAAGGCAUCAUUUCUCCUGUUGGUGAUGCCUACAAGAAGAAAGGACUCAUUCCUGCCUAUCACCGGGUCAUCAUGGCAGAACUUGCUACCAAGAAUUCCAAAUGGGUGGAAGUUGAUACAUGGGAAAGUCUUCAGAAGGAGUGGAAAGAGACUCUUAAGGUGCUAAGACACCAUCAAGAGAAAUUGGAGGCUAGUAACUGUGAUCACCAACAGAACUCACCUGCUCUAGAAAGGCCUGGAAGGAAGAGGAAGUGGACUGAAAAACAAGAUUCUAGUCAAAAGAAAUCCCUAGAGCCAAAAACAAAAGCUGUGCCAAAGGUCAAGCUGCUGUGUGGGGCAGAUUUAUUGGAGUCCUUUGCUGUUCCCAAUUUGUGGAAGAGUGAAGACAUCACCCAAAUCGUGGCCAACUAUGGGCUCAUAUGUGUUACUCGGGCUGGAAAUGAUGCUCAGAAGUUUAUCUAUGAAUCGGAUGUGCUGUGGAAACACCGGAGCAACAUUCACGUGGUGAAUGAAUGGAUCACUAAUGACAUCUCAUCCACAAAAAUCCGGAGAGCCCUCAGAAGGGGCCAGAGCAUUCGCUACUUGGUACCAGAUCUUGUCCAAGAAUACAUUGAAAAGCAUAAUUUGUACAGCUCUGAGAGUGAAGACAGGAAUGCUGGGGUCAUCCUGGCCCCUUUGCAGAGAAACACUGCAGAAGCUAAGACAUAGGAAUUCUACAGCAUGAUAUUUCGGACUUCCCAUUUGGGGAUCUGAAACAAUCUGGGUGUUAUUAACUGGGGAGAGAAGUUGUGAUCUGUUGCCUAAACUAAAGCUUAAAAGUUUAGUAAAAAUCGUCUGGGCGCAGUGGCUCACGCCUGUAAUCCCAGCACUUUGGGAGGCUGAGGCAGGUGGAUCACGGGGUCAAGAGAUGGAGACCAUCCUGGCCAAUAUGGUGAAACCUCAUCUCUGCUAAAAAUACAAAAAUUAGCUGUGUGUGGUGGCACGUGCCUGUAGUCCCAACUACUUGGGAGGCUGAGGCAGGAGAAUCGCUUGACCCCAGGUGGUGGAGGUUGCAGUGAGCCAAGAUCGCGCCACUGCACUCCAGCCUGGCAACAGAGCAAGACUCCGUCUCAAAAAAAAAAAUUUAGUAAAAAUCAAUGGUAAGCUAAAAUAAGUUUUUGUUUGUUUGUUUGUUUGUUUUUGAGAUGGAGUCUCUACUAAAAAUACAAAAAAUUAGCCGAGCAUGGUGCUGCAUGACUGUAAUUCCAGCUACUUGGGAGGCUGAGGCAGGAGAAUCGCUUGAACCCGGGAGGCAGAGGUUCCAGUGAGCCAAGGUCGUGCCACUGUACUCCAGCCCGGGCAAAAGAGCAAAACUCCAUCUCAAAAAAAAAAAAAAAAAAAGACCGGGUGUGGUGGCUCACACCUAUAAUCCCAGCACUUUGGGAGGCCUAAGUGGGUGGAUCACAUGAGGUCAAGAGUUCAAGACCAGCUUGGCUAAUAUGGUGAAACCCCAUCUCUACUAAGAAUACAAAAAAUCAGCCGAGCAUGGUGGUGGGCUCCUGUAGUCCCAGCUACUUGGGAGGCUGAGGCAGGAGAAUCGCUUGAACCUGGGAGGCAGAGGUUGCAGUGAGCCAAGAUCGUGCCAUUGCACUCCAGCCUGGGUGACAGAGUGAGACUCCAUCUCAAAAAAAAAAAAAAAAGCCUGACAGCUAGCAGGUUUCAGGAUCCAUCUGCCAAGUCAGUGAAAGGCUGGAAGCCUCAAAUCCAACAGAUGAAGGUCAUUUUCUCCUCUUUAGCUUCUUGGAGUUUGAGAGUUGAAGGAGUCCUGAAAAGUAACGAUAGAGCAAGACGAAGCUAUGAGAACUGAAUUUGGACUUCCUCUGGGAAACUAGACCUAGUUCAUCUGAAGUGUCAUUUAAAUGCUGGAAACUUCUCUCAUACUGUCGUGCCUUCCCACUUAGAAGUGCCUGUGCCCUGCUCAGCUGUGACUGCUGACCUCAGGACCUCACUGGACAAGGCAUGUGGGGACCCUUGCAGGAGCCCUGGUAAGGGUGCAAUGAUCCUAUUGUUUUUUGUUUUUGAGAUGGAGUCUCACUCUGUCUCCCAGGCUGGAGUGUAGUGGCACGAUCUCGGCUCACUGCAACCUCCGCCUCCCGGGUUCAAGCAGUUCUCCUGCCUCAGCCUCCUGAGUAGCUGGGAUUACAGGCACCCACUACCAUGUCCGGCUAAUUUUGUAUUUUUAGUAGAGAUGGGGUUUCGCCAUGUUAGACAGGCUGGUCUUGAACUCCUGACCUCAGGUGAUCUGCCCACCUCAGCCUUCCAAAGUGCUGGGAUUACAGGCAUGAGCCACCGCACCCAGCCUGAUCCUAUUGUUGCACUAUUUAUGGAGCAACAACUUUGUACAAAGAACAAGCUUUGUACAGAGAACAAGCUUGGCUUUUUCUCCCAACGCCGAGGAUGCUGUUGAUGCCGCCACGUAAUAGCAUAAUUUUGGGUGUCCUCAAGGACAGAACUUCCACUUUGAAUAAUGGAAGUUAGAACAAUGAAUUUCACAGGGGAAUAAAUAUGAAUGACUGAUGUGAAGAAAAUAUGCCAUUGUUUAUUCCCUCCUGCAUCAUUUCCAUAAUUUGCUUUUGUACUGUGAAUUUAGAGGAAAUGUGUGAUGCUGGUGUUUUGUUUGGCUUGUUUGUUUGAUGCUGGGGGUUUUAUGUGUUGUACCCUUUACCCCUUACAUUGUGUAAUUUGAAUGUGGCAAACAAACCUGCGGUAAAAGUCCUUGAUUGGCAUCUUCAUUCAGAUGAUUGAGAGCCUUUGUGGUAGUGUUUGCCUAUGUGAACAGCAGGCCUUUCAGAUAAGAGAAGUGGCUUUUCCUUGGUGAUGAAGGGGUAGAGAUUGAGCCAUGGGGAGGGUUUAGGUUAAAGAAUGCUUUUUUUGGCCAUCGUGAGGAUCUAACAACAGAGUAGAAGGAAGGAUGCCCCAGGUCAGCGCGCAGGGUGGUGGGAGGGCUUUCAUCUUCCUUACCCAAGCCUCUCUUUUCACUUUUCUAGAAGUCCGGAAGUUGUUAUAUGAUGAUACAGCCUCCUUUAACAUUUAUUUCUGGGUGCCAAGGGAGGCCCAUUCCUCUAACAUUCUCAUAAUCCUUCUCAAACGCCUAUGAUCUAAACAUUUCACCACGGCAUCCACUUAGCUGUGAGGCUGCAUCCACAGUCUCCACCUCUGAAAUCUGAACUCCAUUUACCAGUGGUGCUGUUUGAACUUCGUAAUGCCAGCACUUCCUGAACACUUACUGUGUGCUUGGCUUGUGCCCCCGAGUGCCUUAUAUCAUAAGGAAACGGCAAAAUCAGGGGACUGGUAUAAAUGGUGAGCUGGGCUUGAAUCUAAGCUUUGUCUUCGGAGCCAGUACCCCUAACCUCUCUUUCUGUAAAAUAUUACUUUUCAAAGAAUGAAGUUGUAGCCAAAUCUUGAAAUUUUUCAUUUACCCUAAGUGAGGACAAAUAAAGCUUUCAACAACA